AUGGUAGUCACCACCCAGACCAACCUUCCUGACGAACGGGGCCGAUUUGGCGAUUUUGGCGGGAAGUUCGUCCCUGAAACCGUAAUGGCCGCCCUCACUGAACUAGAGGAUUCCUACCGUGCGGUUCAGGACGACGCCGGGUUCGCCGAGCAACUCAGCAAUCUGAUGACCAACUACGCCGGUCGGCCCACCGCUCUGUACCACGCUGAAAACCUGAGCCGGCAUUGCGGCGGCGCCAGCAUCUACCUCAAGCGUGAGGACCUUGCCCACACCGGCGCGCACAAGAUCAACAACGCUCUCGGCCAAUGUCUGCUCGCCCAGCGCAUGGGCAAACAGCGCAUCAUCGCGGAAACCGGCGCGGGUCAGCACGGUGUCGCCACCGCCACCGUCUGCGCCAUGCUCGGGCUGCAGUGCAUCGUCUACAUGGGGUCGGAGGACACGGUGCGCCAGUCUCUCAACGUCUAUCGUAUGCGCCUGCUUGGGGCCGAAGUGAUCCCCGUCGAAGCUGGCACCCGCACACUGAAAGACGCCAUCAACGAGGCCAUCCGCGACUGGGUAACGAACGUCGAAACCACACAUUACCUCAUCGGCAGCGUGGUCGGUCCGCACCCGUACCCGAUGCUGGUCCGUGAUUUCCAGUCUGUCAUCGGCCGCGAGGCGCGCCAGCAGAUACUCGACUCCGAGGGUCGCCUGCCUACCGCUGUGGUCGCCUGUGUGGGCGGCGGCAGCAAUGCCAUUGGUACCUUCUACGAGUUCAUCGGAGACGAGGACGUUCGCCUGGUCGGUGUGGAGGCUGCUGGAGAAGGCGUGGAAACCGGCCGUCACUCCGCGACCUUGUCCGCCGGACGCCCCGGUGUGCUCCACGGCUCGCUUUCCUACCUGCUGCAGGACGAACACGGUCAGAUUCAGGAGGCCCACAGCAUUUCUGCAGGGCUUGAUUACCCUGGCGUCGGCCCCGAGCACAGCUGGCUGAAAGCCACCGGCCGUGCCGAGUACCUGGCCGUAACCGACGAAGAGGCUCUGGAAGGCUUCCGUCUCCUCUGCCGCACCGAGGGCAUCAUCCCGGCCCUCGAGUCCGCCCACGCCAUCUAUCACGCCAGUCGCAUGGCGGCCGACAUGCCUGCCGAUGACAUCAUCCUGGUUUGCCUCAGCGGUCGGGGCGAUAAGGACGUGCCGUCGAUUGCCGAGCGCGAGGGCAUCGGGUCCUGA